UGUAAAGGACACAAAUGUGAAAGUUGUGCUUCAUGAAACAGGCGAGGUGCCGCCUGACUGUGACGUUUAUGGUGCGCUGUUAUUUAUAAAGCACUGACGGGACUUUCAGGCGGGCUGAUGAAAGCUUGCUACGAGAAUGUUCUACGCAUGCGCAGUGUGAAAGCGUGUUUUGGUGUCAAGCGGCGCUGUGAGGCUAAAGCUAGCGGGAGCAGCUAGCGAUUGUGCAAGUCAUGCUGGGCCAUCCAAAGAGGACAGGCUGGGCCAAGCUAAAUAGGACGACAGCGUGGAACUUUUCGUGAAACUGGACUCUAAUCGCUGCGUUUUAGUGGAGUUUGAGGACAUGGAGGUUUAGAUGGACAAUCUUCUCGGACAGGAAGAUGACAGUCAUAUGACGGAGGAGGAACUGGACUUGCUCAGAAGUGGAAAAAGCUGAAGACCCUUCCCUGCCCUCCCCCCCAGCUAUUUAAGUCUUUGGCUGCGUCCUCUUGUACACGAGUAUUGGUUAAAAGUAGCCUGCCCCCCUUUUUGUUUUUAUUUUUUACUUUCACCUUUGGUUCCGUUUGUAAAGAAAUGCUUUACCUGAAAAAGUACUUCACAGAGGGCCUGAUUCAGUUCACCAUCCUCCUGAGUCUCAUUGGGGUGCGGGUGGACGUCGACACCUAUCUGAGCAUUCAGCUGCCCCCCCUGAGGGAGAUCAUCCUGGGCCCGAGCUCAGCCUACACGCCGACACAGUUCCACAACCUGCGCAACACGCUGGACGGCUAUGGCAUUCACCCAAAGAGCGUGGACCUGGACCGCUUCUUCGCCACCCGCCGCCUGCUGAACCAGGUGCGCCAGCUGGAUCGCCUCUCCGUGCCCACCCCCGAGCUCGACACCUGGCUGGUGCACCGGGACGCCGAGAGCGUGGUGUCGGCCGGCGGCCAGCCCGGCAGCGCCGGCAUCGCCCUGGACAAUGGGGGCGGCCUAGAGGACGUGGACGAGCUGGACGCCGCCCCGGCCAUGAGGGGGGGAGGCGGAGCGCCCGAGUCCACGUAUGACGUGAACGCCGCCGGCGCGGUGGCCCCCGACGGCGGCCACGAGCGGGAGGACAGGGACGCCGCCUCCGACCUCAGCAAGGAGGAUAUCGACCUGAUCGACAUCCUGUGGCGUCAGGACAUCGACCUCGGAGCGGGGAGGGAGGUGUUCAACUACAGCAGCCGCCAGAGGGAGGAGAAUGAGGAGGACAAGCCCCGCCCCCAGGAGAGCAAGGAUGCCGAGGAGGAGCAGGAGAGCUGGAGGAACGGCGUCAACCUGCGGGGCCUCCACGGCUGCGUGGACGGCGAGACGGGCGAGAGCAUUCCGCAGCAGCCGCCUGCGCCGGGUUCACAGACCUCGCUGUCUCUGCAGGAGUGCUUGAGGCUGCUGGAAGCGACGUUCCCCUUCGGAGAAGAUCCCGAGGUAAAGGAGGAGCCAGACGGAACUCCUCAUGGGAGGUUUCCACUUCUUUCAUGUUUCAUCCUCUCGCAGGUCGCGCCUCCUUCCGCCACAGACGUCCCUUCCACGUCUCAGGGCCUCUCGCUGGCGCCUGCAGAACCUCAGCUGGACCUGGAGCAGCAGUGGCAGGACAUCAUGGCCGUCAUGGAGCUCCAGGCCAUGGAGGUGAGCGGCGGCAAUACGGGCUGCAGCGCCAACGUCGGCAGGACGGCAGCACCAAAUGCGGUGAGCGAUUUCGGGCCGGCCCCUCCCUCGGCGCCGAUAACCCAGGACGUGAGCCUCCACCAGGCCUCGCUGGCCGACUGCAGCCCAGAAUUCCCUCCAGUUUUUCAGCCUCACUUGGAGGCGACCAGCUUCCCGGCGAGGAGCGCCGUGCGCGCGUCCUCCAGCAACUCCAGCAACAUCAACGCUACCUUCGGAACCACCAACCUGACUGGCCUCUUCCUGCCGCCCUUGCUCAACGCCACGGGCGCCAACAUGAGCGCUGCAGCCAUCCUGCCCGACCCCUUUGGCAGCCUGCUGGAGGAGUCCAUGUUGGACGAGAUCAGCCUGCUGGACCUCGCCAUGGAGGAGGGCUUCAGCCAGGCUCAGGCGUCUCAGCUGCAGGACGAGCUGGACUCAGACUCUGGUCUGUCUCUGGACUCCAGCCGCAGCCCAGCUUCGCCCAGCAGCUCGGAGACGUCCUCCUCCACCUCCGCCACCUUCUCGGAGGAAGGCGCCGUGGGCUACAGCACCGACUCCGAGGUGACCGCCGCCGACUCCGAGGAGGGCGCCGUAGGCGGCUACCAGCCCGAAUACAGCAAGCUGUGCCGCAUGAGCUUUCAGGAUCCCGCCCACUUCCGCAGCCUCCCCCAGCUGGGCGGCGUCAACCACAACCACACCUAUAACCUUCCGCUCGCCUUCGCCGAGCACCCGGAACUCCCCGUGGAGCCCGGCAAAAAGGCGGGCCGCGACAAGCAGCACUCCAAGCUUCAGCCGCCGCGCGACUUGCUGGACAAGCACUCGAGCCGUGACGAGCGGCGAGCUCGCGCCAUGAAGAUCCCCUUCUCCAACGACAAGAUUGUCAACCUGCCCGUGGAGGAGUUCAACGAGCUCCUGGCCAAGCACCACCUGAGCGAGGCCCAGCUGGCGCUCAUUCGGGACAUCCGCCGGCGGGGCAAGAACAAGAUGGCGGCGCAGAACUGCCGCAAGCGCAAGCUGGACACCAUCAUCAACCUGGAGCAGGGCGUACACGACCUACGGCGCGACAAGGCCCGCCUCCUCAAGGAGAAGAUGGAGUUCAUCCGCUGCAUCCGGCAGAUGAAGCAGAAGAUGCAGAGUCUGUGCCAGGAGGUCUUCACCCAGCUGCGGGACGAGCAGGGCCGGCCCUACCCCCCCAGCCAGUACUCGCUCCAGUACGGCGCCGAUGGCAGCGUGCUCGUCGUGCCGCGCCGCCCGGCCUCCGCAGAGCCCAACCGCCGCACCGACAAGAAGCCCAAAGAGAAGAAGAAGUGAACGGCGACGACGGUGUUGGACUUCCCUCACACGCGAGCGAGUCGCGCACGCCGCUCUUGACUUCCUGCGUUCCUUUGGCCCUUUUUCAUUCUGCUCCUCCAUUUUUUUACCCCUGGAAACGACUCUUGAUGAUGCAGAAGAACUGGCUUGACUUCUCGUGUGUGGACUUCCAAAGAAGCUGCCACAAAACUUUUAGCCGCUCUCCAUGGAGCUGUCGACUCAGAUGGGGUUCUGACGGUCCUGGAUCCAUCCCUCUUGGCGACCGGAGCUGAUUUAGGACUUUAUAGCGCCAAGCGUAGACGAGUCCAACCUCACGCGCACACGCACAGAAUGCGAACUGACACUUGGUGGAAGUUCCUGCGACGGCCACUAGAGGCGCUGUGAGGGGAGCGCUGCCUUGCAAUAUCAACUUUUACUGUCUUCUACAUCGACAUCCUCGUCUACGCCGUCUCGGCUUUACACGUUCUCUCACGUCGAGGAAGGUCAAACACGGAGUCUUGGUCGUCUACGCCAACGGUGGCAAUCUUUCCUGCGGAGGCUGCAAGGACGUGAAGAUGCUCCGGUAUUUAUUUAUCACAAUCCCGCCUGCCUGCUCUUCCAUGUUAGGAACUGUGGCGGUGCGGGUCUUCCUCUCGGGUGCCUCGUUCGAUCAAGCGCCGGUCGGGUGUCGCUCGUGUAACUGCUGUUGUCUGGAACGUCGGGAUGGGACGACGAGUCCACUUGAGGCGGUUGAGUGCGGUUUGUGGUCGUCGAGGAGAAAAGUGUGUGGAAUGUUUGAGAAGCUGAAGCGGGUGAAACGUCUCCUGUAAUCCACAACUCUUGCAUCCUGCUAAAACUUAGUGCACUUUUUUUGUCUGUCCUGUAAAUAUUUACGUGUGUCCCCCCCCCACCCUCUCUCUCUCGCCUUUCAUUUGGAUGUAGUUUGCUGGCAAUCAACAUUUGUUUGUAUUGAUUAAUAAAGUGGUUUUAUUUCCACAUGUGCUCUUCUGCUUCCUUGCUGGCGUUACCAAGGCAACUGAUAAGGUAGACGUGCCCCAAACAAAGCAUCCACAGGUUGGUGACUCAGUCUCUGCCAAGAAUGGAUACUGGUUCUUUUACAGUUGGGACACUGUGCACCAGUGGUGUCCAAAGUAGGGCCUGGGGGCCAUCUGCAGCCCGUGGCUGAUUUUUUUAGGUAUUUAGUUUUUUAAUUGGCCCUUGGCACUUUCUAAAAAUACAAUUAAACAAGACAAAAAAAACGAAGAAAAAUAAAGUCAUUUUACAAGAAUAAGGUCAAAAUAUUAGGAGACAAGUAAUUUUCUGAGAAUAAAGUUGUAAUAUUGGGGCGGGGUGUAAUUUUAGAAUUAAUGUUAUAUAUUUUUUAUAUUUUAGUAAAAGAAAGUAAAUAAAAAUACAAUUUAAAACAAAAAAUUGAACAGCAAAGACGGGAAAAAAUACAAUUAAAAUAUUAGGAGACUUAAGUCAAUGUUAGAAUUUUUUUUAAUCAAAUACAUUCUAUUUUAGAAUAAUUAAAUAAUAGUAAUCAUUUUUAUUAUGAGUGGUUUAUUUGGUUAUAGAACACACACAAUUAUUUCUUGUCUCCUUUCUUGCUCCUUAGCGCUUGUGCAAGGAUGAGGCGUUCAAGCGGACUUAGUAGUACUGAGUUUUAAAGGAAUUUGAGAAUUAAUGUUUGUGUAAUGAAAUACGUCUGCAAGUGGCAGAACUUGGAUGAAGAAGCCGAGAAACAAUUUUGAAUUCAAGGAGGAAGACGUAGCAAAGGAGGUAGCGUGUGUUACAAAAGGACUGUAAUGUUAAAGCGCUUACGGUUGCUGGGGGAACGCUUUAAGGGAGACACAUGACAGCGUAAUGAUCGCACUCGCUGCUGACGUUCACAAUAACUUGUGUGGAAUGUGAAUUUUUCUUGGAGAUGAAUAAAGGCUGUCUCUAAAGUUGAAGUUAGCAAGUGUACACAAUUUAAAGUUAACUUUGUAACGGACUAGAACGAAACAGCGUCCGUGUGUCACUUUCGCCCCCGCCAGCAAGUCUUCAGUUAAGGUAUAAGUCAUAUUAAAUCUUCACGUAUCUAUUACAUUCCUCAUUUAUAUGUAUUUCCUGUGUUUCUGCGCGUAAAACGAUAGCUUUCCGUAUGUAAACAUGAUACUUUGCGGACGUAAACAGAGUUCUAUGAAUGAAAGCGAACCUGUAGCCACGUGACUACGACCCGGUUCACUGAAAUGAACAACUAUAAUUAUUCCCGAUUGGUAUUUUUUGGAAAUAUGUUGAGAUGUCUGGAAUGUAUGAUUUGGAUUAACAUUAUUCCGGUUUUCGUCGGACCUUUGGGAAUGGAUUAAUGACGAGAACCGAGGCUCCGCUCUACUUCUGGCACGUGUCAAACAGUGUCCUGACAACAAAGUAACAAAAAGUGGUUUAUUUCGUCCAAAAAUGACAGCGAGACAUGAAAACACUACAAAGACCACCAAGCAUGGAUUCAGCACUGAAGAAUACGACGAGCAAGAAAACAGCCAAGAUAAAAAAACAAAAACAAGAACGUGGCACAUGAAUGAAAGUAAAAGUUGGAUCAAAGUGACUUCAACUCAGUUAAACACUGCAUCAACACACCUACAUUACAUUUUAGCUUCUCAAAAAGCAGAAACCAAAGUCGCAUGAGUGGAAUGGUGCCCUGUUUGCCCCGCCCCCUCCCUCCCCCAGAAUCCAAAGUACAACUGAGUUCAAAACUACGCUUUUUUUCUUUUUUUAGUUUUUCUCAUCUUUUUUCUCGUCUUCGCUGGGGUAUGAAUGCCAGGUGAGCCGCUCCUCGUAGAAACAGAUGACCACCUGCGGACACUUCACGUUGGCCUCCUUCGCCGGCACCAGGUCCGCUUCGUCAGAGUUUUUCCUGCCACGACACAGAACAUUUUUUAAAAAUGUAAAAAAAAAAAAAAAAAAAAAAAAAAAAAAAAAGUCAGUCAGUCUGGAGGAAACACAGAUGGUCCACAUGGCGGCGGCGUAGUACGGACCACUUCAUGAGGAACAUGAGCUCUCCUGUGGAGUCUGUGGCGCCGAUGAUUCUCUCCGGGUCCAAACCUCGGGCGAAGCCUCUCAGCUUCUCAGUCUGUCAGAAACACGCUUUUAUUUCACAAGUCAAACAAACAAAGAUGUUAUGUUGUUUGUUUUUAGUUCUACAUUCCAAAUGACACGCCCCCUACGGCGCCAAUUAAAAGCUAGUAUGGCACUUUUGCUAGAACUUGUACUGCAUCUUGCGGUAUUUCUGUUUGGUUAUGAUAUGCAUCACGUGUUUGUGGACUCACGUCGUCUUUCUUCCGCUUGGAUUUGCUCUCCUCGCCGUCUCCUUCGCCGGCUGCCGCCUUCCUUUUUCCAUCGUGCGCCGACUUCUGCGACUGCAGGAAUUCGGCUAUCAGGUCGGGACAGUCCAGGUUGUCCUCGGGCUCCCACGUGUUGUCCUCGCUGUGGACACACGGCAGGAUACAAUUUACAAAACAAAUGUGGAAAAGAGGAACGUCGUGAAGCGGCGCUCACUCAGAGAAGCCUUUCCACUUGAGGAGGUACUCCACUCUCCCUUUCACCACCCGCCGGUUCAGGACCUUCUCCACCACGUAUUCCUCCUCUUCCUCCUCCUCCUCGGCUACGUCGUCCGCCUUCUUAUCCUUCUUCUCAGCUGCGGCCAUCUUGCUCUCUGGCAGACAAGAGACACGGCGACGUUGACAAGGACGGCAUCGGUAAACAUUUGCGUUGGGAAAUAACGACGUGUGAAACCUUCAGUAACACUGGGGCCAUCGUUAGGGGGCUCUGUAGUCAGGCUCAUACUCAUCAGGUAGACCUGGGGACCAGCAGGUUCCUGGUAGAAAGGGGAGAACAGCAUUGCACACACAGCAGUUCAUUGUAUGCAUAUACAGUAUAUUGAUGUUGCCACCAGGAUAUUUACCCAUCAACACAUUUAUGUGACGUCUGAAGGGGUUUACAAACAAUGAAAGUGCACUUUAAGUGUCUGAAAGCUGCUGGCAACCACCUGUUCCAAGAUGACAGCAUGACAACAUCAGUGAUUUGAGGACAAGAGACUGGAGAGAAGAAAAAAAAGGAUGCUCCGCAGCAUCUGGCGGGCUGCUGGGCUGCUGGUUGAAAACGACCACCAAACGAGGGGAAUAAUCGUGUUUGCUAUUUUUGCCUUAUGUGAAAUAAUGUCCACAUUGUCGCCGCUCACGCGAGCUAGCCGGGCACAAUAUAAGCGAGAACACGACAAAGCCGUGGCGGCUAGCUGGCAGCGUUGCAUCCUCCAUGUUGCUUUCUCUGCCGUGCCCGCCGCUCAGUAGCAUCAUUUGUGGCGGCUUUUCCCGGCACUGAAGUGGACUCCCGGCACCGCGACGUGCCGAAGCGAAAGUGAAUGAAGAUGAGCUCAUGAGCAGCACGUAGCUACUGCAUACU